AUGGCUCCCACCACCAACGGUGUCAACGGGGUCAACGGCGCCUCAGCACGCCGCUCCACGCUGGUCAACAGCAAACCCAGCGAGUGGCAGGCAAAGCACAAGAUUGCACCACACUUCAUCGGUGGCAACAGACUAGAGAAAGCCCCCCCGAGCAAAGUAAAAGACUUUGUACAAGCCCAGGAUGGGCAUUCGGUCAUUACUUCGGUGCUCAUCGCGAACAACGGUAUUGCAGCGGUCAAAGAGAUCCGUUCAGUACGAAAAUGGGCCUACGAGACGUUCGGCGACGAACGGGCUAUCCAGUUCACGGUGAUGGCCACGCCCGAGGAUUUGCAGGCAAACGCAGACUAUAUUCGUAUGGCGGAUCAAUACGUCGAGGUUCCCGGAGGCACGAAUAACAACAACUAUGCCAACGUAGAACUGAUUGUCGACGUUGCGGAGAGAAUGAACGUCCACGCCGUCUGGGCGGGCUGGGGUCACGCUUCGGAAAAUCCCAAACUGCCAGAGUCGCUGGCAGCCUCUCCCAAGAAGAUCAUCUUCAUUGGCCCUCCAGGUUCCGCAAUGCGGUCUCUGGGUGACAAGAUCUCCUCCACAAUCGUCGCACAACACGCACGAGUACCCUGCAUUCCGUGGUCGGGAGAAGGAGUUGACGAUGUGGAAAUCGACAGCGAAGGAAUCGUCACUGUCCGUGAUGAUAUCUACGACAAGGGCUGCGUACACUCACCCGAAGAGGGUUUGGAAGCCGCGAAGAAGAUUGGCUUCCCCGUCAUGGUGAAAGCCUCCGAAGGCGGUGGUGGCAAGGGUAUUCGAAAAGUCGAGAAUGAAGCUGAAUUCACCAGCCUCUAUAACGCCGCCGCUAGCGAAAUACCCGGUUCUCCCAUCUUCAUCAUGAAGCUUGCAGGCAAUGCGCGACAUUUGGAGGUGCAGUUACUGGCCGAUCAGUACGGAAAUAACAUCUCCCUGUUUGGCAGAGAUUGUUCCGUCCAGCGAAGACAUCAAAAGAUCAUCGAAGAGGCGCCUGUCACAAUCGCCAAUCCAGACACCUUCCACUCCAUGGAAGAGGCCGCUGUGCGAUUGGGUGAGCUGGUCGGCUAUGUGUCGGCCGGUACUGUGGAAUACCUCUACUCCCACGCAGACGACAAGUUCUACUUCUUGGAGUUGAAUCCCCGUCUCCAGGUCGAGCAUCCCACGACCGAAAUGGUGAGCGGUGUCAACUUGCCAGCUGCCCAGCUUCAAAUCGCCAUGGGUAUUCCCCUCCACCGCAUCCGUGACAUUCGCUUGUUGUACGGUGUGGACCCCCAUACCGCAACUGAGAUCGAUUUCCAUUUCAAGGACCCCGCCAGCCUGAAGACCCAACGUCGCCCCAGACCAAAGGGCCACACAACUGCUUGCCGUAUCACGUCCGAAGAUCCUGGUGAGGGUUUCAAGCCAUCAAGCGGUACCAUGCACGAUCUCAAUUUCCGUUCGAGCUCGAAUGUCUGGGGUUACUUUUCCGUAUCCUCGGCUUCUAGUAUCCACAGUUUCUCUGACAGUCAGUUCGGUCACAUCUUCGCUUACGGCGAGAACCGACAAGCUUCCAGAAAACACAUGGUUGUUGCUUUGAAAGAAUUGAGCAUUCGUGGUGAUUUCAGAACCACCAUCGAAUAUUUAAUCAAGCUCCUAGAAACCCCUGCCUUUGAAGACAACACCAUCACCACUGGCUGGCUGGACCAGUUGAUCUCCAACAAACUGACGGCUGAGCGCCCUGAUCCAAUGCUGGCCGUGCUGGCCGGUGCGCUGACCAAGGCACACUUGGCUAGCGAAGCUUGCAUUGCCGAAUACCGCAAGGGUCUGGAGAAGGGCCAAGUGCCGUCGAAGGAUGUUCUCAAGACGGUUUUCCCCAUCGAGUUCAUUUACGAGGGGCAGAGAUACAAAUUCACCGCCACCAGAGCGAGUCUCGACAGCUACCACAUCUUCAUCAACGGUUCCAAGUGCCUCGUCGGCGUCCGAACACUGGCCGACGGUGGUCUGUUGAUGCUCGUUGCAGGACGAUCUCACAGUCUCUACUGGAAGGAGGAGGCGACUGCCAUUCGCCUCAGCGUUGACAGCAAGACUUGCCUGCUCGAGCAAGAAAAUGACCCUACUCAACUCCGAACGCCGUCUCCGGGUAAACUUGUCAAGUAUACCGUCGACAACGGUGAGCAUGUCAAAGCUGGCCAGGCGUUUGCAGAAGUCGAGGUCAUGAAGAUGUACAUGCCUCUUAUCGCACAGGAGGACGGUGUUGUUCAGUUCCUCAAGCAACCUGGCGCCACCCUUGAGGCCGGUGAUAUUCUGGGUAUCCUGGCCCUAGACGACCCGUCCAGGGUCAAGACUGCUGAGACGUUUACUGGAAAGCUUCCAGACUUGGGACCCCCCCAGGUCGUCGGAAACAAGCCUCCACAGCGAUUUGCCCUCCUCCUCGGCAUCUUGCAGAACAUCCUGCUCGGUUUUGACAACCAGGUCAUUAUGGCCUCCACUUUGAAGGAGCUCAUCUCCGUUCUUCGAGAUCCUGAGUUGCCUUAUGGCGAAUGGUCUGCCAGAUCUUCUGCCCUGCACUCGCGAACUCCACAACGAUUGGAUGCUCAGCUCUCGCAGAUUGUUGAGCGUGCACAUGCCAGGCACGCUGAGUUCCCAGCCAAGCAGCUCCAGAAGGCCAUCAACCGCUUCAUCGAAGAGAACAUGUCCAAGACCGAUGGCCUCACACUCCACACCACUUUGGCGCCACUCGAGGACGUUAUCUCUCGAUACUCUGAAGGCCUUAAGGUUCAUGAGUUCUCUGUUUUCACAGGAUUGCUCGAUCAAUACUAUGAUGUUGAGAAACUCUUUGCUUCAGGCUCACACAGAGAUGAGGACGUCAUCCUCAAGUUGCGAGAGGAGAACAAGGACGACAUUCUCUCUGUCUGCUACACCGUCCUUUCACAUACCCGUGUGUCUGCAAAGAACAACUUGAUCGUGUCUAUUUUGGAGAUGUAUCGACCUAACCAGCCGAACGUCGGUAACGUCGGCAAAUACUUCAAGGCUUCUCUGCGUCGUCUCACAGAGCUCGAGUCCCGAGCGACUGCGAAGGUUGCAUUGAAAGCUCGCGAACUGCUUAUUCAGUGUGCCAUGCCUUCUUUGGAAGAGAGAGUGUCCCAAAUGGAGCACAUCCUCAAGUCUUCAGUUGUCGAAUCUAAAUAUGGUGAGACAGGUUGGGAACACCGAGAACCUGAUCUGGAGAUUCUGAAGGAGGUGGUCGACUCUCGUUACACUGUCUUCGACGUCAUUCCCCUCUUCUUUGCCCAUCAUGACCCAUGGGUUGGACUUGCGGCUCUCGAGGUGUAUAUCCGACGUGCCUACCGUGCCUACACUGUGCGAGAAGUCGAGUAUCACAACGAUGUUGAGCCACCUUUCUUCCUCUCAUGGGACUUUGUCCUACGCAAGGUGGGCCAAGCCGAAUUUGGUCUUCCUCUGGCAUCUUCGUAUCCAUCAGGACAGGCUACGCCGUCCCAACAGGGCAGCCCGUUCAAGCGCAUCACUUCUGUGAGCGACUUGUCGUACCUGAACAAAUUGCAAUCUGAUGACGAACCCACACGGAAGGGUGUGAUCGCGCCAUGCCACUACUUGGACGAGGUUGAUGAGUGCCUUGCCCGCGCUUUGGAAGUCUUCCCGAAGGGAACCAAGGAGAAGCGUCCCAGCCAGCAACAUCUCAUGCCCACUCUCGACAGUGUCCGCAAACCUCAGCCAAAGCAACCUGAGCCUGUCGAUGAUGACUUGACCAAUGUCUGCAACAUUGCCAUCCGCGACACUGAAGAUCUGCCCGAUGACGAGAUCCUCGGCCGCGUCCAGAGCUUGGUAGCGGAAAACAAGGCCGAGCUCCUUGCUCGCAACGUUCGUCGGGUCACUUUUAUCUGCGGUCACAAGGACGGAUCGUACCCGGGAUACUUCACUUUCCGUGGAGCCAAUUACGAGGAAGACGUGACUAUUCGACAUAACGAACCUGCUCUUGCUUUCCAACUUGAGCUCGGAAGGCUGUCCAAGUUCAAGAUCAAGCCUGUCUUCACCCAAAACCGGAACAUUCAUAUUUAUGAGGCUAUUGGCAAGGGCGAGGAUAGAGACAAGGUCGUUGACAAACGUUACUUCGUUCGUGCAGUCGUGCGCCCAGGCCGUCUGAAGGAUGAGAUUCCAACUGCGGAAUACUUGAUCACGGAGACCGAUCGUCUCGUCAACGAUAUCUGUGACGCCCUUGAGAUCAUUGGCAACAACAACUCUGAUCUCAACCACAUCUUCAUCAACUUCUCACCAGUCUUCAAUCUGCAGCCAAAGGACGUUGAGGAAAGAAUUGCUGGCUUCCUGGAACGAUCUGCUAGACGAUUCCUUCGACUUCGCAUCACUGGAGCAGAGAUCCGAAUUCUCUGUACUGAUCCAGAGACUGGACUGCCAUAUCCCCUUCGCGUGUUCAUCACCAACACCUCCGGCUAUGUGGUCAAUGUAGAAAGCUACGUUGAGAAGAAGUCACGCUCCGGCGAAUGGGUGUUUGAGAGCAUUGGUGGCACGACCAAAGUCGGAUCUAUGCACCUCCGAUCAGUGUCAACUCCUUAUGCCUCAAAGGAGUGGUUGCAGCCCAAGCGUUACAAGGCUCACCUCAUGGGCACUCAGUAUGUCUAUGACUUCCCUGAGUUGUUCAGACAGGCAGUUGCAAACAGUUGGGCAAAGGCUAUUGCUAAGCAUUCGCCUAUGGCUGAUUCCAGACCUGAGGUCGGCCACUGCCUUGACUACAAUGAGUUGAUCCUCGACGAUAGCGACAACACCACCGAAGUGUCCCGCGAGCCAGGUACCAAUAACUGUGGUAUGGUUGCAUGGGUGGUGACCGCCAAGACCCCUGAAUACCCUAGAGGUCGAAAAUUCGUUAUCAUCGCCAACGACAUCACUUUCCAGAUUGGUUCAUUUGGCCCCAACGAAGACAAGUUCUUCAAUAAAUGUACAGAAUAUGCACGCAAGCUUGGCAUUCCACGGAUUUACUUGUCUGCCAACUCUGGUGCUCGCAUUGGCAUGGCUGAUGAGCUCAUCCCACACUUCUCGGUGGCCUGGAACGAUGAGGGCAAGCCGGAAGCUGGUUUCAAGUAUCUCUACCUCACUCCCGAGAAGAGGAAACAGCUCACGCAUAAGGAAGUCAUUACUGAAGAGAUCCAAGAAGACGGUGAGACCCGACACAAGAUCGUUACCAUCGUUGGUAGCAAAGACGGGUUGGGCGUUGAAUGUCUACGUGGUUCUGGACUCAUUGCAGGUGCUACCUCCAAAGCUUAUGAGGACAUCUUCACCAUCACCCUCGUCACUUGUCGAUCAGUUGGUAUUGGUGCCUACCUCGUCCGUCUCGGUCAGCGAGCGAUUCAAAUCGAGGGCCAACCGAUUAUUCUCACUGGUGCUCCUGCUUUGAACAAGGUGUUGGGUAAGGAAGUUUACACCUCCAACUUGCAGCUUGGUGGUACCCAGAUCAUGUACAGGAACGGUGUUUCCCACAUGACUGCCAGCGACGACUUCCAAGGCGUGGAGAAGAUUGUGGAAUGGAUGUCUUUCAUUCCUGACAAGAAGGGUCAACCAGUGCCAGUUGGUAUUGCCGCUGACACUUGGGAUCGUGACAUCAGCUUCUACCCGCCUCGUGGACCAUAUGACGUGCGACAUCUCAUUGCUGGUAAGGCAGAUGACGAAGGGUUCUUGUCUGGUCUCUUCGACAAAGACUCUUUCCAGGAGGCUCUUGGCGGCUGGGCAAAGACUGUUGUGGUCGGUCGUGCUCGCCUGGGUGGCAUUCCUAUGGGUGUCAUUGCAGUAGAGACGCGCACCGUCGAGAAUGUCAUCCCGGCUGAUCCUGCCAACGCCGACUCGAUGGAACAGGUUGUGCAGGAAGCCGGCGGUGUGUGGUUCCCUAACUCGGCCUUCAAGACGGCUCAAGCCCUGAAGGAUUUCAACUAUGGUGAACAGCUGCCGGUCAUGAUCCUUGCCAACUGGCGUGGUUUCUCUGGUGGUCAACGUGAUAUGUUCAAUGAAGUCUUGAAGUAUGGUUCGUACAUUGUUGACGCCCUCGUCAAAUACGAGCAACCAGUAUUUGUGUACAUUCCUCCAUUUGGUGAACUCCGUGGUGGUUCUUGGGUCGUCGUUGAUCCUACCAUCAACCCUGAACAAAUGGAAAUGUAUGCUGACGAAGAGUCUCGUGGUGGUGUCCUGGAACCCGAAGGUAUUGUUGGCAUCAAGUACAGACGCGAGAAGCAACUUGAGACCAUGGCCCGUCUUGAUCCCACCUAUGGUCAGCUCAAAGCUCAGUCUCUUGCUAAGGACUUGACUUCUGAACAAUUGAACGAGAUCAAGGUCAAGAUGGCGGAGCGAGAGCAACUGCUUGGACCUAUUUACCAGCAGAUUGCCCUUCAAUUUGCAGACCUUCACGAUCGUGCUGGACGUAUGGAAGCCAAGGGAACGAUCCGUAUGCCACUCAAGUGGCAGAACGCCCGAAGAUUCUUUUACUGGCGUCUUCGACGAAGAUUGUCCGAAGAGGUUCUGCUCAAGAAGUUGAAUGCCAGUUUGGCGGCUGGUGGUGUACCCACCACUCCCAACGCCCUGGCACAAAAGGAGAGCAACCUUGCCAUGCUCCGAAACUGGUCUGGCCUGCUCGAUGUUGAGUUUGACAAGGACGACCGCAAAGUUGCCGAGUGGUACGAGAGCCACCGAAAGGAGGUCUACGCCAAGAUCGAUGCUGUCAAGAGCGAAGCUGUCAGCAAGAAGGUGUCGGAGUUACUGAUGGGUAACAAGGAAGGUGGUUUGAAGGGUGUACGUGAAGUUUUGAGCCUUGUGCCUACGAGUGAGAGGGAACAGCUUGUCAAGUAUUUGACCGGUGCUUGA